UAAUGGAUGUGCAGAAAUAGAGCUGUAUCGACCCGGCAGCGGUCGACAUCGAGAGCUUAAUCUCCGAUUCUUUACCGGAUACAAGACCCCCCUACACGCCAUGGACGGCGAUGCUGAAACCCCUUUCUUCUAUCGAUGCCUCAAUCCGAGCCAAGUCUCUUACAUGGAUAGCUAGGCAAAUCAAUGCCUGUUUGAAAGAACACGACACCUGCGAAGAUACUUCGGUGUCGAAUCUUCCGACCCGCGUUGUUGACGUCAACUAUGCACCUCAAAGAGUGCGUAUCAUACCAACCAAUGGGGCUAGUGGAACGUAUAUCACACUCAGUCAUUUCUGGGGUGAUCCGGGUCUUAUGAAUACCAAACUCACCGCUCAUAAUCUCGAAGAGUAUAUGAAUGAGGGUAUCUCGAUUGAGGAUCUCCCACGCACAUUCCGGGAUGCGGUCGAGUUGACCAAAGACCUUGGCGUCUCAUAUCUGUGGAUCGACUCCUUGUGCAUUGUUCAAGCAGAUCCAAGUAAAGAUAUGGAAAGUCACACCAAGAUGGUGAGAGAAGACUGGGAGCGAGAGUCCGCCUCCAUGUGUACGAUUUUUGCUGGUUCAUACGUCACUCUGGGUGCAAUGGUUUCUCCUGAUUGCCAGGGAGGUCUCUUCGCUCCUGUCGAGCAUCGUGUUAUCAGUGCUGAUACUCUGCCCGAUGGUUCCCAUUCCUAUCUCUACGCAGAGGAACACCACAAUCACAACGAGAAAUAUCUUCUCGAAUCUCGUGCAUGGGUUUAUCAGGAGACCCUUGUGUCGUCACGCACUCUGUAUUUCUUAGGUCGCGAGGCUAUGUUGCUCUGUCGAGACUACCAUUCAUCCCAAUGUGGCCGACGUGGCCUCGCUUCAGGGCCAAGCAUGGAUGGAGCAGGCAGACAGACUGCUUUCUUCAAACUCCCUGCGAGAGCUACCAAACAUGGGGCUGGAACUCAGUUAGACACUUCAGUUUCACGGGUCAAAAACAAGUUUGAUAAAUCACUUCCAUGGGCCAAAUGGCAAUUGCUGGUCGCUCGCUAUGGCCACCAAACCGACAUCAGUUUUGCGAGCGACAGACUCAUAGCAAUUGAGGGGCUUGCUGGAUAUUUGCAGCACAUGAGGCCUGGCGAGCGCUACUUUGGGGGAGUUUGGUCGGGCUCAUUUACCAAAGACCUGCUCUGGACAAUAAGAAUCCACGGCCACGAGCGACUGCGAGUUGGUCCAGAUACCAUCAAGACGAAUCGGAGCAGCGAAAAGUGGCUUUUCCCGACAUGGUCAUGGGCCUCGCUGAGCGAUGAGCGGCAUCGUAUCAAUGUAAGAUACAUUGAUUUCAGUGAGAGGGUGAACCUCUCCCUCCACGGCCCCGGAUCAGACGAAGAGCAGCUCUACCAGGAUAGCGCCUUCUUGUUACGUCCUGUCGGCGAGCCUUUUGCACAAAACAAGAUAGCAAACGGACAACAAAAGCCUCAGCAUCCCACCGAAAAGAGGCGCUAUUACGAACUCAAAGUGGAAGGCAUUCUCGUUCCAAUCCCACGGUCACUGUUGUUUACAGGGGAGGUGGGAAUGUUUCUCCCCAAAAUCCACUGUAACUGGCGCCACUUCUGGUGUGACUUUGGGCUUCUCGCCUUCCACGACUGGUUUUGUAAAGAAUAUCCUGAAGGAUCUGCUGAGCCAACGUUUUACUGUCUGCGUAUGAUGAACUACAUAGGUCGGUCUGGACACUAUAUGGGCUUGGUGCUCCGUUGCGUGGACGAGGAAAACCAACUUUACGAAAGGCUUGGGGUCUGGGAACAGCGGUAUGUCUUGAAAAUGGGCGACCCUGAAGAGUUUCUGGACGAACACAGUUCCGCCAAGAAGAGGAAUUGGAAGCCAAAUUGGUGGCAAGAAGAAGGUGCGGAGGCUGAGCCGGAGCCCAGGGUCAUAAGUUUGGUUUGAGUCUUGCUUCGUGAGAAGGGUUACUGAUCCAAGUACAUAUUUCGU